UUAAAAAUAAGGAAGUUAGUUCCUCCGAAUGAUACAGCUUCUAAGUUAGUAUCGACUUUUUUGAUCAACAUUGGCCGUUGUUUCUAACCAUAUUUUACAUUUAUAAACAAGACUACAUAAUACACAGCGUGUUUUUUAUGUUGUAACAGUGUUUGUUUUCAUUACGUUUUCGCGGAGGGAUCCACACGCAGCCGCUGGGUCUGGCGUGGAGCAUAAUUUGAAUCGCUCUCUACUCCUUUUAGUCGUUUGCAUUAUCAUGUAUUCAAGACCUUAAUGCCUUUUUUACGACACAGUAGUCUAUACAUGUUUUUUUAUAUCUGUUUAAACGGGAGACACCCCUUUUAUUUGCCUUAAAUGUAUAAGAUGGCUACCGUGAUGAACACUGCUAGCACUGAGGGAGAUCAGAAGGAGACAAUGUUGUCCCCCUCAGAAGAGGACUCCCCUCCUGUUUUUAUUGACCCCUCAGACCCCCUGAAAUUUUCCGAGCUAACACCUUGUCAGUUUGGCAUCUCUGUCCAGAGUUUUGUUCCAGCAUCAGCCAACAGCAAAGGUAAGUCUCGUCUAGCACAGAUAAAAAAGGCAAGGCGGAGGUCCAGCGUUGGUGUCCGUGGCUCCCCAGAGACAAACUCCCUCAUUCGCUUCAUGGCACAACAGAGGAUGAAGACUCCACCAACCUUUAAAACUCCAGAGCUUGUCCGAGGCAGCCCCUUCCUUCCCCGGGUCGCCUCCACGCUGAGGCAGAAGAUGGCCUCCUUCCAGAGCCUGAUGGAUGUGGAAGAGAGUGAGGUCUGUGAUCCGAUGCCAAGGCAGGACAGCAACACUGGAGGAUGCAUCAAGACAAGAGAUUAUCUGUCUGAUGGGAACAGCCAUAAUGGAGGGAAGGAGAACCACCCACCAAUGAUGACGCCCGUACCCAGCAAGAGGAGGCGCCUGGGCCCCCGGGAAGGGUGUGAGGUUGAGAUUAGAGAGGGCAGCACUCCUAUCUCCAACUUCAGUCUGAAGGAGCAGGAGGAGGAAGAUGAACCAGUGACACGAGGACCACUGCCAUCCACUGAGACCGCGGAAGAGGCCAAAGCCGUGCUUAUAUCCCCAACCCUUCACACUGAUCUUGAGCUCCGAGGCUGUUCCCCUGCUAAGAACCACCAGGACAGUCUCUUUGAACUCCAAAGCCUCGGCCGACCACCACCUGAUGAUGCUGCAGCUGCUUCACCAGCUGCAGGAUCAUCAUCCCCCUUCCACAUCCCCUCUGUCCCCUCUUUGCUGGAGAUGAAGCCCACAGGAGAGGAUGAUUCCACCGGGACGUCCACGGUUAAGAAAGCGAAAAAGAGGGUGCGCUUUGGAGGUCCGCUCUCUCCUGAGUUCUUUGAUAAGAACCUGCCCCCCAGCACACCGCUACAGAAGGGGGGCACGCCGGGCCGGGCGCCCACACCAGGUGGGAGCUUACAGCCGCGCCCAGUGCUGAAGACACCGCAGAGGAGUGAAUCCCAAACGCCACAAGCUCAGCCAGAUCCCAGCACCCCCUUAGGGUUUGGUGCCUCACCUACACUUGCAAUGCCUCGCAACCGCAGAAUGCCGUCUGUGGGAGAGGACGGUGAAGAGAAGGAUGGAGAGAUUGUUUUCCCUUCAAUGGAGGAGAUUGACUCUGCGGUGACGAGAGAUACAGAAUGUACGUGGGACCCUCAGCCGUUGAAUUUAAACACUGCUUUCAAUGAGGAGUCUCUUUCACAGAUUCUGUCAGAGUCUGAGACUAAACCCAGCACAACCUCCCAGAUGGAUGCCCUGGAUGAGCCUACAUCCGUGCCAGAGGAGAAGAAGCAACAUGAAGUGGGUGUGGAAGCUCCGGCGCAAUCUAGAAACCGAAGGAAGAAAAAGCCAGGACCAGAGCAUGCGUCUAGCGGUGAGGCUCCAGCUCGCUCCGGCAGUCUAAAGAGAAAGCAGCCAGAGGAGAGCGAGCCUGGGAAGAGGUCGACACGCUCGGCUGCUAAGUCGGCCGCUGGGAAGAUGAAGAUGGCCUCCACGGCAACCCGGCGGUGGAGCAGGGGCGUGGACCGCUCCCUGUACGGCUCUCGGGCGUUCGCCUCCAAGAACCCCAACCUGAGUCCCAUCACGGAGACGUUGUCCCUCAUCAGCCGGUCUCCAGCAGCACCGCACACUCCCUCUGCCAGCUGCACAGGCGCAAAUCAUGAGACCCACUUGAACCCUGAGAUGGCUAACGACACUCGAGCGAUCGGUCACAUUACUGUGACUAAUGCCUUGGAAGAUCCUUCAGAAGAUUCCGUCACAUCUCCCAACUCCAUUAAAGAAAGCCCCACGGAGGACGGCAGGGGGCCGAGGGCCAGAGGGAGAGCACUGCAGAAAAGGAAGGUCAGUGUUGCUGACGAUAGCCUGUUCUGUGAGGAGACUGUGGACCAGACUGGAGUAAAGACACAGGAGUCCUGUGAAGACCAAACUACUCCAAACCUUCAGGCAUCAAGGGAAACCCCUCUGAACCCCACUGUACCUGAACAAGGAGAAGUCAACACUGAAGAUAUUGCCCAGACCUCUGCCGAUACACACUGCACAAACUCCGAUGGGAAAUUACAAUGCCGUGGCAGUCUGGACGCACCCUCCUCAGACUGUCCACCUUUGGCAUUCACUUUGAGUCUGCCAGCAGAGCCGGCACAGAGAAAAGCCAAGCGGGGCAGGAGGAGCUCUGUAAACCGCUCAGUGCUACGGGAGCAGGGGCACCGGGCAGAGGAGCACCCAACCAGCCAUGAAGUGGACGAGAAGGGACAGGCGGACCAAGCAGCUAGCCAGCAGGAAAACAUCAGGCCAAGCUCCGAUAGCCAGGAGGUUGGGGGGGUAGCCGGUUUGGACCUCGCCCCGUGGCAGGCUGACUUUAAUUUUGAGGAUGUGUUCCGACCUGUCGCCACUAGAGGGCAGCGCUCGGUGCGCCGCAGCCUGAGGAACAAGUGCAAUGCAGAGCCAAGCAGCACCAGUGCGGGUCUCGCCUGGCUGCCUUGGACCUCCCCCGAGUCCAACUCAGAGGCGCGCAGGAAGACCCGCGGCCGGCGGCUCUCUGCGGCUCCACCUGUCCAACCUCCACUCCCCGAGGAGACACAAGACAGCGCUUCAUGAGACUGUAACCUGACGACAUGAACGUGAACUGAGAUUAAAUGGGGAUAACUAAUGCAUUCAUCACACCUUCAUACAUACCUACCCUGUUUUCUUAAAGUGUUCAUAUUAUGCUCAUUUUCAGGUUCAUAAUUAUAUUUAGAGGUUAUAUCAGAAUAGGUUUACAUGGUUUAGUUUCCAAAAACACCAUAUAU